CUUCUCUAAUGUAGAAUGGCCCUUUUUAGAAAGCUGUCGCGGCCACUCUUACUUCCACCUACAUUGCAUAGCCGACUGCUACAGAAUAUCAUUUUAAUUGCUUCUUGCCUUAUCUUGUUAUUGUUCUUCCUGUACAAUCUCAGAGAACCAGAGCCUACCCAAUUGCUACCGUAUCAAAUUUAUCCACAGGCCAAUGACUCUAUACACCAUACGGUGACGGAGUUUCUUCCGAUUUCUGUACAACCUGGAACAGAUACGACUCGGGAACUUUGCGAUUCGUUCCCUAAACAUGUCUUGACACGAAUACAGCCAAUUCUUAAGACCGGCCAUGGCGAUAACAAGGAAAAGCUGAACGCGCAGAUGGAUAGCACUAGUGCCUGCUUUACGCCAGAUGAAUUGAUCAUCUUUUCUGACCUCGAUGAAAAAAUCCGGAAUCAUCAUGCUAUCGACAUUCUGGCCCAUCUACCCAGCUCUCAUUAUAAUGCCACGACCUUCAAGAUGUGGGAGGAAUAUCUUGCCCAAAAAGAAAUGCAAGCGAAUGGUAUAUUAGACACUGAAGCACAAGUAAAACACAUAAAUGGAUGGGCACUGGACAAGUUUAAAUUUUUACCGAUGAUGGAGAGAGCUUGGGCCAUGAAACCCAAUAAAGACUUCUACGUCUUUUACGAAACAGACACUUAUAUAUUCUGGGACAACCUCUUCCGAUUUCUUCAAACGUAUAACCCAGAUGCAAACAUUUACAUUGGGUCACCAUCUCCUGGACGUCGUGAUCCAAAACGGGGAGACCAAGGCACCCUCUUUGCCAACGGGGGCCCUGGAUAUGUGAUCAGUCGAGGUGCUAUGAAAACCUUGUUACAGCGUGCCACUGGUCCAUAUGGGCAGUAUACCGACGAUCCGCUCUCCGUAAAAUUUAGCUAUCUAAAUCAUGAUGAUGAAUGCUGCGGUGAUAGCGUUCUAGGAUGGGUGUUAUGGGAGCUUGGUAUUCCUAUGCAUGGACACUGGCCUAUGUUCAGUGAUUAUGGCCUUCAUGAUAUUCCUUUCAAUGAUCAGCAUUGGUGCCAACCGCUCAUCACUUUACACAAAACAUCCCCAAAAGAUAUGGUUGAUUUGUUCAGCUGGGAGUUCAGCCAACGAAAAUCCCAGCGCCCAUUACUAUACUCGGAUGUAUGGGAAUUUCACAAGCCUGGCACAGUGCCAGCGCGCGAGAACUGGGAUGGCGGCCGCUUUGAUGCGUUUGAACCACCGCCUGAGGCUGUGAUUGAAUCAUCCAAGCAGUGUAGCCACGCUUGCGGUGAGGACCCAGGUUGCCUACAAUGGAAAUGGGAGGGAAGAGACAGGGGAAAAUGUAUUCUUCUAGGAUCAUUACAACACGGAAGAGCACGAAAGGCAGAAAAGGAAGGUAAUGAUAAAGAAACAUGGGUCGAUUAUACAUCAGGCUGGGUAGAGGAGCAUAUAAAGGAUUGGAGGAAAAAGCAACAGUGUGAUGUUGUAAAAUGGGUAGGGGCAAGUGUGGAAAGGAAAUUUUAG